AUGAAGGCACACGCUCUCUGGGUCUCUGUUCUCCCACUGGCUUUCUCUGCACCAAUUCUUGUCCCAGGUGGUGAUGGCUUCAGGGCCACUCCUAGGGUCACCGCAGGUUCUCAGCCUUGCACCGCGGUCUUCUCGUUUAUCACCAGCAGUAGGGCGCGCCACACGCUCAAAGGCUGUGACAACAUACUGCUAGAGAAGUAUGCAUAUCUUGCUGAUCGAUGGUCCUCUUUGCCGUCAUUCUCACCGUCAACCAGAGGGCGGGAGAACCCGCGGUGCAAAUCUCCAAUUUUACCCGACCAUUUGCCGACACCUGCGCUUAGACAGGAGUUAGCCGCGCUUCCAGGAUCUACCUUGACAUCAACUUCUGCUUCUACAGCAUUGCCAGCACCAAUAGCAGUGUCUCUGCCCCCAUCGAAGUCUCAGAUAUCUGCAUAUGCUGAUAGGAUGCGCCUCGAAGAUAUUAUUGCCAGCCGUGAUUUCUCGGUUUUCCUUGACUGGCUAUCUGCACGCCCUAUCAUGGCCUGGACACUCAUUGUCGCGGUACUGAUUAUCGUCUUUUUCGUCUCAGCUGUCAUUGUCGAGAUAGCUGUUGCGCUGCGGAAAAUUAUCACCCCGUCAGAUGCUGAAAAACAACUGCCCACCCGUUCAGAUAUCGAGGUGUUGGGCUUUGGAGAAAUCUACUUGUUCGGGCCCGAGAAGAGGCUGGCUGCAACUAUGGUUAUUGAUGAUAGAGAGAAGAUACUCCCUGCUUACACAGAAUGA